CACGUGUCUGCCCUUGCAGUAAAUCGUUUUGUCGAUCUAGCGAUGCCUUGGUAUCUAAAGAAGGGACAGGGUCGCAGCUCGGCUCUGGCUGCCGACGUCACAAGUUCGUUCUUUCCACAUUCGGCUUUUGAGGUUUCUACCAAAACACAAAAACAAAAUGCGACCAACACGAUCAACACAAUUACUUUGCUCGCGUCUGUUGUCGCGGGAAGGAGCUGUCGCGAGACAAUGUAGCCUCCGUCCCUCAGGUCUGGUCGCGGCUACGACGACAUCAAAACUCACAACCAUUCGCACCUUCAGCAACACAACUUCCACGUUGAAGAAAGGCGGUAAAGCAGCCCGUGAAGCCUCCCGCUCUGACUCGUCAUCAUCAUCUUCAUCAUCCGCCGCGACUGGAGCAGUAGGCUCAGAAGACCCCUUCGACUUCAGCGUCCUCGAAUCUGACAUCAGUGAUGCCGUUGAGAAGCUCAAGAACGACCUUUCACAACUGAGACAGGGUGGUCGCUUUAACCCUCAAGUUCUCGAGAGUCUGCGUGUGCAGCUCAAACAAGGGGGACCUGUGAAACUAGGAGAUUUGGCUCAAGUCGUGCCGAAAGGAAGGAUUGUUCAAGUCGUUGUUGGCGAGCAAGAGCAUCUCAAAUCAAUCUCCUCAGCAAUCCAAUCCGCAAACCUAAACCUAACACCCCAACCCGACCCCACCGGCGCAAACCCUCUCCUUCUAUCUAUCCCCAUCCCCCCACCCACCGCUGAAUCCAGAAAAGCCACUGUGAACGCAGCAGCAAAAGCAGGGGAUGUUGCAAACAAUGCAGUCAGAAAUGCCAGACAAGGACAGCAGAAAAAGCUGAGGGCAAUGCAGUUGGCAAAGACGGCGAGACCGGAUGAUUUGAAAAAGGCGGGUGCGCAGAUGGAGAAGGUGGUGGAGAAGGGAGUUGGUGAGGUCAAGAAGAUUGUGGAUGGGGCUAAGAAGGCUUUGGAUGCUUAGCUGUCAAGACGUCAGUGGUGUGUCUUAUCGAGCCAAAGACAAAGGCAUACAUGACCGUCCGUCCGAAGCACGAUGAAGAGUACAAAGUAGUCCUUGCUUGGUACGAACAGUGGACUAAAAUGCGACCCUGCCUGUGUGCCACUCUGGUAGCCGGGCAACGAGAGCUGAUCUAGGUCCAGAUAUGUAACGUUUGCGCUGUGGAGAUCUGAAACAUAGACAAUGGCUCGCAUUGAAGCAUGUACUACAUGCAUCGACUCUUCUUGAUCCAUUGAGAGCAACGCUCGUCUUGACUAGGAAUGAUGGUCUCUUGACCUUAUACAUACAUUCGUCUAUAUCAUAAUACAUCGUGGUGUCUGCAUCAAUCGUCUCUAGCUAAAACAGGGUAUCAUACCAACAAUGUCCAUAACAAAGCAACCC